AUUUCUUCAGUGUCGGCAUUUUUGGGCCAGACUCCACAAUCUUUACAGUAUACAGAUUUUGUUAUAAUAGUUUUUUCUAGAUAAUCUCGCAUAAUGAUGAAAACCCUAUUUUUCUCCAUCUUCCAUUCCCAAAAACGGUUAAACCUUUUGAAUCUUCUGAUUGUGUUGCUAAAUCUUUUUCCUUUUUUGCAACUUUCUUUAAUGUGAAAUUUGACAUACAAUUUGCCCAGCAUAACAGAUACAUUAUACUAUCGAGUCAUAAAUUGGAGGAUCAAUUGCAAGCUGAAUUCUACCCAGUUUAUCUUUCCAAUUUACAAACACAAAAAAAUGCAAUACUUUGUUUCCAUAAACUCAUUGCCAAUGCUAUCCACUGGGACAUUAGUCACUAAAAAAAUAUGUAAAUUGCUAUCUGUCAAUUAACAAAUGUGUAAUCCAAAAAAUAUAAAAUGCAUCAUUUUGGAAAGUCUAUAUAAAGUAGAUAGAGAUUGAGUUAAAUAAAUUUUCAAACGUGUCUGCUUCUGCUACGCGAAACAAGUAAAUAAAUAUUUCAAGACACUUCAGAUGGAGUAUUAAUUUUCACGAAGAAAAUGUCAAGACCAAGGGAGCGCGAUGAACAGGAAGCUCUGAAAUUGGAUGAAUAUUUCAAGGAAACAUUAGCAAGAGUCAGACCGUAUAUCCUUGCAUUAACAGCACCAGAUGAUGUACAGCUCUGCAGGCUCUGGUUGGACAAACUAAGCCACGCUUUGUCGCAACGUAACCUACGAAACCAGUAUUUAUUUGAAUUGUGUCGACAAUUAAAGUCAGGACACCUGGAUGGAAUAUUUGGAAGAGCACCAACUAAUGGUUCCUUGGUACCAUUGUCAAGAUUGGGCCAAAUGGUAAGUGUAAGCUCAUCCCUCAGUGAGAUCUCUGAUAGUAGCACAUCACCAUACUACAGCUGGUUUAGACCAAGUACUAAAAGUACUCAGAGACAUUCUGCUCCGAUGAAUAAGAUUUCGUUAAAGAAACGAGAGUCAGGUACUACAAGUACCAGUCUCUGUUUUCAUGGUGCCAGGAUGGCAUCGAGUAGCCACUUUUAUGAGAAUGGUAGAACGGAUAGAAAUCAGUUUAAUAUAUAUAGGCAACGAAUAGAUACACUCACCACCAUUGUUAAGGAUUUGCAAAUUCAGAAUGAGAGACUCAAUCAGGAAUUAGCACAGUGCCAUGAGAAUUGUAACAGCGAUGAGAGACCGCAGCUGCAAGCUAAUGUUAAACAGCUAACUGCAGAAGUUACUUCGUUGAAAGCUAAACUUAUGGAAGUGCAGAAGAUGAAGGAUACACUGGAGACAAAUCAUAAAGCGAUCAUUGAACAGUAUAAAUCAACUAUAACUGAGCAAUUUUCAAAAAUGAAACUUCGACUUGAGGAAGCUCAAAGCAAAAACAUUGAAUUGGAUAAUAUUGUGGUGGCCAUUACUCAAAAACUGGACAUAAUUACGCAUAAUAAGGAGGAAGAAGUGAAGAAUGUAAAAACGGAAUCGACUCAAAAAAUUGAAGAUAUGCGAAAACAGUAUGAUCUAUUGAUCGAACAAAAAGAUAAAGAAAUACAGACCAAGGAUGAGAUCAUUAAUCGAUUUAAGAAUGAAUUAUCAGAAAAAGAUCUGGCUCACCGUGAGCAGGUGGAAUCACUUUUUAAUAAGAUUCGGGAGUUGGACGACAAGUUGCAAAUGAAAAUCGAAGAGGAGGAUAAAUUACAAAUGAUAGUAUCUGAGCAAUGCGCAACUAUGAAAGAAGAAUUUGCUAAGAUAAGGAACGAAUUGGAAACAGUAAAUCAAAAGAAAAUUCAAGAUAUGACUCAUAAGAUAAGCAGUCUGAAAAAGAAUGUUCAAAAAUUAGAAAAAUCAAAGGAGAAGCUCAUACAUGACUAUGAGAAACAAAUAUAUCGCAUUCUUAAGGAUAAGGAACAUGAAAUAAAGACUCUACAGGUACAACUACAAGGACAGCGGAGUGAAAUUUCCAUGACUUUGAAUUCAGAGAAGCAAUGUGAACUGGACACUCUUGUUACAAAUCUGGAGGAACGUUACAGAACGCUUCUGGCAGCCGUCGAUGCUUCAGCUGAUAGUCAGCGCCAAAACUAUCUUAAGGUAGAGCACGAAGUUGAAGAGAAAAAUACAGUUUACAGAUGUCUGAUCAAACGUCAGAGAGGAAGCGGUUAUAAACAAAAGAGUAGAAGAGGAUAACUUUCAUGACAAAUAUAAGUGAGCUACGCAUAUUCUUCGAUUUUCAUUAAUUAUUAUUAUAAUUUGUUUAUUGAGUCGUGUAGAAAAAAGAUAGUUUGCAUGAAAAACAUAAGAGAGAACAUUACAGCGCAGUGCAUAGCUUCGUAUAGUAAUUUCGGUGAGAAGACAGUCCAUACAAAUAAAUGAUAUCGUUGUAUACUAACAACAAUAGUGUAUACCGCCAUUGGUAGUAAUCUCAAAAUUGCUAAUGUUCUGUUAAUUGGCAGCAUGGUUUUACACGUGCUAAAAUGUAUGUUAGAAUAUAAUAUCUUUGAGAUCAUUAGCUGAACAGAAAAUCGGAAGAUAAUACUUACGAUGUAGGUUUUUCUAUUGCCACUCCGUAGAGAAGUGUUAGAUAAGCAAGAAUAGGUGCUGAGUAGGUAUUGAUUAUCAAAAAGCCACCCGCUAUAAAUGGCCUAUAGGAUUCUAAACCGACGUAUCCUGCAGCUACGUCAAUGGAUGCUAAGCUGUUGGAAUUUCCCUGCAAAUGAAAUCGUUUAAAAAAAAUGAUUGAUCAUUACAGUAUCUGUCAACUUAAUGAUUUGUAUUAAUAGCCUAUUUGCUUGUAAUUUAUUACCUGAUAAAAGUAAAACACAUUUCCGAGCCAACAGUGUAUAUAUGUAA